GGCGCCCGCGGGCCCGGCGCGGGGGCGGGGUGGCCGCGGGGGCCGGCGGCGGGGCGGCUCCUUCUUUGGCCAUGAGCGAGGUGCCGGCAUUCGGCCGCCGCCGCCGCCUGCGGGACGCGGGGAGGGAGCGGCCGCAGCGAGGUUCCGCCGGCGGCAGCGGCGGGUGGGAUGGCCCAGGCCAGGAUCAGCGCCAAGGCCAGCGAGGGGGCGCAGCAGCAGCCGCAGCCGCAGCAGCAGCAGUCGGGAGGGCAGCUCCGGGGCCGCUUCUACCGCUCCACCUCCAUGGCCGACCGCUCCAGCCGCCUGCUCGAGAACCUGGACCAGCUGGAGCUCAGGGUAGAGGCUUUCCGUGAUGCAGCAUCUGCCAUGGAGCAAGAGAAAGAAAUUCUGCUUGAAAUGAUCCACAAUAUACAGAACAGCCAGGAUAUGAGGCACAUCAGUGAAGGUGAGAGAGAAGAACUGAAUUUGACUGCUAAUCGCCUGAUGGGCCGAACCCUGACCGUGGAGGUUUCCGUAGAAACCAUCCGCAACGCGCAGCAGCAGGAAUCCCUGCUGCACGCCACCAAGAUGAUCGAUGAGAUCGUCAAUAAACUCCUCGAUGAUUUGGAAGACGCCAAAAUGCGCUUGAUGUCGCUUUACGGCGCGUGCACGUCCGACGUGCCAGCGGGACCCAUCGAUCAGAAAUUUCAGUCUGUGGUCAUCGGAUGUGCCAUUGAGGAUCAGAAGAAAAUCAAAAGGCGCCUAGAGACUCUGCUCAGAAACUUGGAAAAUUCUGAAAAGUCCAUCACGUUGUUGGAGCAUCAGAAAUCAUCUGUUCGGCAGUCUUGCAACAGCAAACAGGAUUAACGUAUCCUCCUGGCUACUUCUGGCAAACCACAGGAUGAGCAAGUGCCCGAAAAAAGCACCCAGAAGCCAAGAAAAGAAUUCUCUGUAUGAGCACACAAGCAUAUACGCAUCCACGCGCACCAAAGUAUCUUUGAUUGCGAGGUGCAAGCAUUUAAUGGGUUUUGGUAGCAUUGGCAGUUUCUUUUGGCAAUAAGGAAUGCUCUCAGUUCUUCUGUAGAGUCGGUAACUGCUCUAUUGCAAAUUGUAAUUGUGCUUCUGCUGAACUGACAGAAACUGAAAAUCUAGCCUUUCUCCAUUCUCCUGGGUUUUUUAAACUAAAGUUGUUUUGUCCUGUCAUGAGAUUUCAGCUUUUCUCUGCUGCAUAUGUAGUGUGUGAACCAGACUUUUGGGGACAAAAGAAAAAUCAUGGCAAUAAAUCAAAAGAAUUAAUAAA